CAUCAGCACGUUUUCGGAAAUUCAAAAAUAUCCACUCGGCUGUGCAUUCAUUUUCAUCCUAGGUUGUGAAUGAACUCCACAAGGCGUAGCCCGAUGAAAACUGGCCAUUUUUUUGCGGCUGUGAGUAAGAUUGCAUCUUUCACUUGUCCACCUGUCAUCAUCUCCUAUCAUGGUAUAUUUUUUUGCUCUUUUCAUUUUCAUUGUCGAGGAGAAGUAUACUUUCACAGUCCAAAUUCCAAAAGAAUGACGGCAGUUAGCAGCGCCGCACCUCUGCAAGCGCCAGAGAAGAGGUCCGAGGAUGGUGGAACAAGGACUAGAUCCAGCGCGCAGCUUACGGAAGCAGAGAGAAGAGCUGGAGAACACGUUGUGCAGAAGCAACCCACCACAAAUUGGCUACUUGAAGUGAAAGAAACACUCACGUUCGCGGCAAUUGCUGGGGCAGCGAUAUGGCUCCUUCCACCACGAUUGAGUCUCAUUAUCGUUGCCCUACUAUUUGCAUGGUAUGGGCUUGUGUCAGAUCGCCUUUUUUGAAGGAUACCGCAAUUUUCUAGACGCGUAACUCUAAGCUGUAGCUCAUCAUCAUGUAGUAAACUCGCAGUGGAAAAAAGUUUCAUCCGUACGUUGCUCCAUUCUCUUUGAUGUUGUGUAAGUCUAGUCCUUGUGCCAAUCACCAACCGAUAAUCCCUAUCGAGUGCGACAGAAACGAGCUUUAUUGCGCUUUCAUCGUUAUAACUC